GCGGCUCCGGGACGCUCUGCAGUUACUACUUGACAGCAGCCAGGCAAGCCGCGAGGGACGCGGAGGAGCGCUCCGUGCAGGGAGGGCAGCUGGUCGAGUCCGGCCGCCUGGGGUCGUGGGGAGAGGACCGCGGGUAGCCCCUCCGCCCGGCUCCCGGCCGCUGCUCCGUGUUGCCGCGCGCCCCGCCGGCACCAUGCUGCUGCCCCAGCUCUGCUGGCUGCCGCUGCUUGCGGGGCUGCUCCCGCCGGCGCCCGCGCAGAAGUUCUCGGCGCUCACGUUUUUGAGGGUCGAUCAAGAUAAGGACAAAGACUGCAUCCUGGAUUGUGGGGGGUCCCCGCAGAAACCCCUCUGUGCGUCCGACGGAAGGACCUUCCUGUCCCGCUGUGAGUUCCAACGCGCCAAGUGCAAGGACCCUCAGUUAGAAAUCGCUCAUCGUGGAAACUGCAAAGACGUGUCCAGGUGUGUGGCCGAGAGGAAGUACACCCAGGAACAGGCCCGGAAGGAGCUCCAGCAGGUGUUCAUUCCGGAAUGCAACGAUGACGGCACCUACAGUCAGGUCCAGUGUCACAGCUACACGGGAUACUGCUGGUGUGUCACGCCCAACGGAAGGCCCAUCAGCGGCACCGCCGUGGCCCACAAGACACCCCGGUGCCCUGGUUCCAUAAAUGAAAAGUUACCCCAACGGGAAGGCACAGGAAAAACAGUCUCCUUGCAAAUCUUUUCCGUUCUGAAUUCAGAUGCCUCAGCUCCAGCGCUGGAGACUCAGCCUCAAGGAGAUGAAGAAGACAUUGCAUCACGUUACCCCACGCUUUGGACGGAACAAGUUAAAAGCCGACAGAACAAAACCAGUAAGAAUGCAGUGUCCUCGUGUGACCAGGAGCAGCAGUCGGCCCUGGAGGAGGCCAGGCAGCCCAAGAAUGACAAUGUGGUGAUCCCCGAGUGUGCCCACGGCGGCCUGUACAAGCCCGUCCAGUGCCACCCCUCCACGGGCUACUGCUGGUGUGUCUUGGUGGACACCGGACGCCCCAUCCCUGGCACGUCCACCAGGUAUGAGCAGCCGAAAUGUGACAACACGGCCAGGGCGCACCCCACCAAAGCGAGGGACCUGUACAAGGGCCGCCAGCUCCAAGGUUGCCCUGGUGCCAAGAAGAAUGAAUUUCUGACGAGUGUCCUGGAUGCGCUCUCCACUGACAUGGUCCACGCCGUGUCCGACCCCGCCUCCUCCAGCAGGCUUUCUGAGCCCGACCCCAGCCACACGCUGGAGGAGAGAGUGGUCCACUGGUACUUCAAACUGCUUGAUAAAAAUUCCAGUGGGGACAUUGGCAAAAAGGAGAUCAAGCCCUUCAAGAGAUUCCUGCGGAAGAAAUCCAAACCCAAGAAGUGUGUGAAGAAGUUUGUGGAGUACUGUGACGUGAAUAACGACAAGUCCCUGUCUGUGCACGAGCUAAUGGGCUGCCUGGGUGUGACCAAGGAGGAGGGGACAGCCAGCACACGGAAGCGACAAGCCCCUAAAGGUAAUGCUGAGAGCACUUCUAAUAGACAGCCAAGGAAGCGAGGAUAAGUGGCUGACACAUCCAGGGCGGUUCCUAGACGUGUGGGAGGCUCCCUCACCAAAAAGCAAUUAAAAAAACAGAAACAAAAACACAUAGUAUUUGCACUUUGUACUUUAAAUGUAAAUUCACUCUGUAGAAAUGAGAUAUUUAAACAGACUGCUUUGAUCUGUGAAAAGGGCAGGGCUGGCUUCAGAAGACUGAGCACAUACAAUGUAUGUGUCCUCUUUUGACCUUGGGGUCUGUGCUUGCUGCAGCUGCGUUUUGAGGGGACCUGGGCCCCUCUGGGGGUGGCGCGCACCCCCAGACGUGGCGCGCACGUUAACCGCAGGCCCCGCCCCAGCCCCAAGCCUUCCUCUCCAGCACCCUCCCACUCGUGCCAACUCACCACCUUUGAAACCUGCUGCACUCGCAGCCUCCUUGAGUUGCGUCGAAGCCUCGUGAUUCCGUAGAACUGUCACCCGCUGUCCUCAUCGUGCUGUUCACACUGCUUGUAAGGUCAGAAAGGAGUCGAAUCCAGGCACCCCAUCCCCACCCCUAUUUUCCCUUACAUCUGGCCUUGUCCACCCUACUGUUCACCGGGACCCACUGUAAAGUGUCACUUGAACAAAUGACGAUGGUUUCCUUAAAGAAGGUACAGCAGGAUAUGCUGUGCCCUGGGUGGUGUUGGUGUUGGCUGGCAGUGCCCUGCUUCUCCUUAUCCUCCUCCAAAUGCCUCAAGCGCAUGAGAAAGUGCCAGUGGGAAGUUCGCCCGAGUGGCACUUCUGAGGGAAGGGUCGGGAACCCAAGGCCCCCACUGUGAGUCCUGGAUCUGGCCCCGUGUCCAGCCAGCGGCCACUAGGAGCUGGCUGGCCCCCAGCAAGCGGCCUGGCUCUAUGGCGCCACUUGGAGGCCGGGCCGAGAGCUGCGCGUGGCCCCCUGGGAUACUGUCUUACCUUAGCUCAGACUUUUGGCUGGAAAACAACCCUCAUGGCCCCAAAUCUUCCCACGUAUGUCAUGUAAAAUGAUCUCUGUGAAUAUGCAUGAAGAUAUUUUAGGAGGCUUCUUACGUAUUUAAACUGUGCAAAGUAAAAACUGAAACUUUGGAGCUACAAAACCAGCUCAAGUGUGUGCGUCACCAUCGCUUAAGAAAGUUAUGAUCCUAAAUUUAUCGGAUAAUCUUUUAUAUUUCUGAACUUUGAAUUUAAUCAUUUUUCUUAGAUUAAAAUAAAAUGUGCUAUCGAAACUG